AAAUGCACUAAAACUAUUGUACGCAAAAAUGCAUUUCGCUGAUAGCUUUUCAAUAAUUCAUGGAUAAAAAGUGUUCCUUUCACUUAUGAUUCAAAUAACUGGCAGAGGAGCAAAUCUUUAUGCAUCGAAGUAUUAAUCGUCAUCACACAUCAAACAAAAGUGCCUUUUUUUUACAACAAAAACAACGAUUUUUACAAUUUUAUAGUCGAAAAUGUCUUCGAACCCUCAUGGAAUACGAUAUUCAUCCUUUAACUCGAGUGUCAUGCAGCAACAACAGCAGCAACAAGCACAACAACAACAGCCCGUCAUGAUGCGAGUGCCGCCAAAGCCCAAACAGUACAUGAUGCAGCAGCAACAAAACCCACAAUCCGAAUCGGAUACCGAUGUGUCGACUUCCAACGAGAAUUUGUCGAAGGAGGAACGAUAUGUCAUUAAACACAUGGCACGUGUGGAGCCACAGGGACAGGAAAAUAUGCAAGGGGGCAAAGUUACGCCCGUUGGUGAUGCUAGUCAAGUUCGUUACGCUACCGACAACCAAGCUUCCCUUCGUUUCUCCUCGAACACCUCGUCAGACUCGAAUACCGUGCGUUACGCAACUCCAAACAGCAAUCGGAGCAUUUCCGAGACACGGGGCGUUGGAAAUCCCAAUUCCGUUGCCUAUGCCUCGAACAGCGACUCGAACCGAAGUUCUCUGAUUGCCACGAGCAACUCCAAUCGCAAUUCGUUGAAGGAAACAAAUUCGAAUCGCAACUCCUUGAAGGAGAGCAAUUCGAAUCGAUCGUCAAUGGAUGUCAGUCAAUCGUCGUACAACACGCUAAUUAUCCACGACGACUCCAAUUAUUGCGAAUAUUCUAGUCCGCCGCCAUAUAACAACAUGAAGAAAGAUCGCCCGCGUUCCUAUGGGGAGCAACAAAUGCAGGAAAUCACCGAAAUCCCGGAGGAAUAUUUGAAUCAAAGUCACGUCUUGAAGCAUUUGGCGAAAGAAGUCAAGUUGCCACGCAAUGAGACGCGCGAAAGUCGUCAACAAAGUCAUCAGCCGAGCACGCAAGACGAAGCUUGUGGCGGGAAUUGCAAGUUGCGCAGCAAAAGUCAACCGGAUUUGACGCGUUUGGGCGAGAUCGACUACGAGGAUGUCGAGGCAUUGAUGAAGGAGAACCAAAUUCUCAAGCAGCAACUGAAUAUCGCGCAAAUCAAGAUGGCAAAAACGCAGAAAUUGCAACAAGAGAUCGCCAACAUCCAUCGCGAGUACGAAGAUUUGGUCCAAUCGAAUGAGCGACGUGAGCGUUUGGAGACCGUUCAACGAACCCGUUACCAAAACGAGUUGCGACACGCACAAGAAGUCAAUCGCGCGUUGCGUGAUCAAGUCGAAGCCUUGCAAAAUCAACUUCUCACGAUGCCCAAUCAACUGGGUCGUUCGCAACAAGACGCCCUAAUCGCACAACUUCUCGCCCAGAACAAGGAACUCUCGGAUGCCAAUAAACGACAAUAUAUCGAGCUACAGGCGCAACACGCGACCUUGCAGGAGCAACGUGUGAGCAUCAAUGUCCUCGAAAAUGCGCUGAAACGCAUGGAAGAGGAAAACAGUCAGAAGCAAAUGUAUGUCGAGCAAUGCGAGCAACUUCAACGCGCCUUGCAUUCGAUGCAAAAUGUCACGUCGGGCAGAAAUACAGCAGACCGGAUGAUGAUGCUGGAUAAUUUCAACACGUCUGACAUGGAAAAUGCGAAUGCGAGCAACGAAGCUGCCAAUUUGAAGUGGCAACUGCGGGAAAAAGACUCGCAAAUCCUCAGAUUGGAAGCGGAAUGUGCGAAAUUGGAGCAAGAUGCGAAUGUGAAGAAUGUCGCGAAGAUGGCGAUGGAAAAACAUUCGCAGGAAUCGCAGGAGAGGAUCAUUGCCGAAGCGAAUAAAGAGAAAUUGCGGUUCUUGGAUGAAGCGCAUACGACAAAUCGGAAGGUGACGGAGCUUCAAACCAAGUUGAAAUUGGUUGAGAGUCGCAUGGCGGAAAAAGAUGCGAUGAUUCGAGCGUUGCAGGGACAAAAAAUUUAUGGCUCAACCGGCUCUUAUGGUUCCUACAAUUUCUCCGGCGACACGUUCGGACUGAAUCCCCUUUCCUACACAUCACAAAAUUCCUUUGAUGCCUCGUCCAACUCCUUCGAUGUGACAAAUCCGACGACAUCGUUGCUCGAUCCGAACACCUACGGACCGCACUCGUCAUCGAGUUUCAGUCAAACGGGCAGCAUUUCCACGACGCCAUACACCUCGAGCUACGGCGGUCAAAGCAAUCCGACAAUUUACGACACCUACGAUGCGCAACGCAAAAGCAUCGACGACCAACUCAAGCAACUGGACGAGGCGUUGCUAAGUAAGCGUGGUUUAUGCUGUUUUCCUAGUCUAACUAGCAAAAAAAGUGCUCAACCGUUACUUAGUGAUGAAUCGCUUCAGUUGUCAAGUAACAAUAGUGAGGCAUUUCUUCAAAAUUUGAAGCAACUUGAACAAAGGGGUCGCUCACGAUGCAUGCUUGACAACAACACCGACAAACCGGAUGAGAUGGUCUUGUUGGAGAAACAGGGACGAUGCUCGCAAAAGUUGCGAAACACAACGGUGGGAAAUUUGGCGCAAGUGACGCACAAUUGCGGACAAAAUAUGACUGACAUCAGCAAUAUUGGGGGCGGCAAGAAAUCGCCAUCGCCUUCGUCGAAGGUUCCUAAGAUUUUGGCGCAGAAUCUUCCAGCAGGAAUUUUACCUCCACGCAAGGAUCGUGGCUCGUCAUUGCCUCCAAGUGCUCUUCCACGCCCCCCAAGAAGCUUGAAACCGCCUCGGAAGAUCGAAUAUGGGCGUUUAGGACCGGAAACUCCUCCGCCGCCUGACUUGAAAAAACGCUCGCAAACGCCUCCAACGCCCACAAACCCAACCAUUGACUUUGAGAAGCAAUUCGAGAUGAAAGCGUCGUCGCUGAAACGUCAACCGUACGGAAAUCGCGAAUUUUCACCCGCCAAAAAUUACAUGGAAAUGAAGGAAUCUCUCAAAUUCAACCCCAAACCGCAAGAUUACAACAUGAUGAAGCAUCGCAACUACGGAGCAAUUUAUUCGGCCAAACAAGACUCCAAAUUCGGCUUCAAACCGGAUUUUUCAACGCGAAACUACCAACGUCUCGAUGACACCCGCAAAGCAUCGUUACUCCCGAAUCCACGCAAAGUAUCGCCGAUGCCGCAAAAUGACUCCGCGACAAACGAAAAGCAAAAAAACUCCCGUGACUCCCUGAAUUCCGCGAAUUCCAGCGGAUCGAAUACCUCGACGACCACGACGCCAAUCCGAUCGAGUCCGUGUCACGGCAAAUCUGACUCGAAUUCGAGUGCGAGCAUCACGUAUCACAACGUUCGGAGUCAGUAUUCGCCGGGAAAUGGCGCUGGAGGGAUUUUGAUGCCGAUGCCAUCGAACAAGCAAUCUUUCCUCACGUCGGCCAAGAAUAAAUUUCAAGGGCAUCAAGUGCAGAGCAACAAAUCGUCGUCGUUGCCGAGUUCGAGUAUUUUGCAUGCAAAAGCAACGGCUACGGCAUCAUUGCCGCCUGCUAAGCCCGAUAAUGGGAAGAAUCAACGAGGUCACAGUUUGGCAAGGGGCGAGAACAAGUACAGGAUACAGUUUUGAAUUGGAGGCAUUUUUACGAGUAGAAGAACUUUGUUACGAAAAAUGUAUUUUAUUAAUGAAGACGUCUCGCUCUCUUGAGUAUUUAAAGCGAGAAA